AUUGAAUUGAAUGGAAUUCAAAAAAAAUUCUGGGGUGGAAUGUGGUUCAAGUAAGAUUUAUCGUUGUAAUCACAGCUCUCAUGUCCAGUCCAUCUACUCCUACAAAACUCAUUCCAGGUGCUUGGCCAGAACUUGCUCGACCUUUUGUCAAGCUGCCUCCCGGAAUUUAUUCAUCCGCCUCGGGUCGGACAACCUCACGAAACGUUGGGCAAGAGAACACUGCCUCGCCCAGGCAGAACACCCCUGAAAUGCCUACCGCGAGUGCAGCGGGUGACCGUCCCCUGAGCAUUAUGGUGCCACCAUCGGCGUAUUGCCCGUUCAGCACGGACUCGCUUGACCUCCCAGCCCCGAUUACCUCGUACAUCGGGAAGAAAUUCAUGCCAGAGUUUUCUCAUGAACAUGCAAGCUGCAGUGUACCGUCUACUCCUGGUCUUGACGCUACCCCAUCUUCCAGCAACUUCUCGUCUAAUCCAAACGCUAUGGCUUCUCCAACACAUAGCCAUUUCGCAACAAUGCCUGUCACCCCUCAAGCACAUGAUAAUUGCGACAAUGCUACCAUACCCAUAGUUGAACCACGAGCGAGCAUGACGCUGAUGACGGACCCACCAAAGCUACCAGAUACAAAUCUAUGGUUGUCUGCUGGAUCUAGCUGGCUCACUGACUUCGGUGGAAACACAGAGACAGACCACAUAUUCCGUAAUACUCUCUUCGGCGCACUUCCUUCCCUAAGCGCCCAAAGCAGCCCACUCACUUUGAGUAUCACAUCCCCCGCUUCUAAUUUUCCCGCGGCAUUCUUACCGAACAUGUCUUCAUCCUUCGCCAGUACCCCGAUCUCGUCUCCCUCUGCACCUUCUUCUCUCCAUUGUAUAUCUUCAGUCUAUUCACCAACUGCAGCAUGCCUGGCAUUGUCACCGACCUCCACUGCAGCCUUUCCUUCUAGCAUCGACAGUUUUGAGCGAUGGCGUGAAGACGUCACAGUCCAAAUGAGGGGACGGGAGACCAUGCCACAGACCCCUUCUGCAGACGACACUGGUUCAAGCGUGGAGCACACCGAACGCGCCGGCCAGCCUCCUGGCAUAAACCGGAGAGCGGUGAAUCCGCGCGUAACAAAGUCAAAAACAUUCUUGCAGAAGGCCAAGAAAUUUGGCGGGCGCUUUAGACGCUUCGUAACGCGCGCCAAAAGAAGUAAAUGGCAGGCCGCCAUCGAAGCUGACGCUAUCUUUGGGCUAAACACUCAUACAGGAAGUGACGACGGGAGCAUCGUGGUCAUUUCCGCACAUCCGCCGCCAUACGGCACACGCCCCGCUGCGCCGACCCCAUUGCAUAGCCCUGAGCAGCGCAGGAGGUCGAUGCCUAUGCUCUCUCCGCAUUAUGUCUUGGUUAGAGAACGUGCCUCCCGGAGCGCUGAGGGGCAUGUUGAGAUACCUCUUACGGCACCCCCUGCGAGGGGACCUUCAGAGUCCAUUGUCCCAAAAGUUCCUACUCGUCGGUUUUCUCUCGCAGCGUUCUCAAAUCUCGCAUCGCUCAAAAGACCCUGAGACGGACCUGG